AUGCACACUGCCUCCUGCACACUGCCAGUGCCACUUCUCCACGCGGGGAAGCCCUAUGUCUUUGACCGCGUGUUCCCCCCAAACACCACUCAGGAGCAAGUUUACCAUGCGUGCGCCAUGCAGAUCGUCAAAGACGUCCUCGCUGGUUACAACGGCACCAUUUUCGCUUAUGGACAGACGUCUUCAGGGAAAACGCACACCAUGGAGGGGAAGCUGCAUGACCCCCAGCUGAUGGGAAUCAUCCCCCGCAUUGCCCGGGACAUCUUCAACCACAUCUACUCCAUGGAUGAGAACCUGGAGUUCCACAUCAAGGUUUCUUACUUUGAGAUUUACCUGGACAAAAUUCGUGAUCUUCUGGAUGUGACCAAGACGAAUCUGUCUGUGCACGAGGACAAGAACCGGGUGCCGUUCGUCAAGGUGAGCGUGGCACCGGCCAGCGCACAGAGCACGGCGAAUGAGGGCCGCUGCGGGCGGCCUUUGGCGGCAGGGUUUGGGGAGCGGGGGGCCUGCGUGCCCUCCGGCCUGCCCCUCCUCCUCGACGGCAGGCACCUGCCUGUGACUCGGCCCCUAACGCCCGGGCAGGUGAGCAAGACCGGCGCGGAGGGGGCGGUGCUGGAUGAGGCGAAGAACAUCAACAAGUCCCUGUCGGCCCUGGGGAACGUCAUCUCCGCGCUGGCCGAGGGCACGAAAAGCUACGUCCCGUAUCGCGACAGCAAAAUGACGCGGAUCCUGCAGGACUCCCUGGGGGGAAACUGCCGGACCACGAUGUUCAUCUGCUGCUCGCCGUCCAGCUACAACGACGCGGAGACCAAGUCCACCCUGAUGUUCGGGCAGCGAGCAAAGACCAUCAAGAACACGGCCUCUGUGAAUCUGGAGCUCACCGCGGAGCAGUGGAAGAAGAAGUACGAGAAGGAGAAGGAGAAGACCAAGGCCCAGAAGGAGACGAUCGCCAAGCUGGAGGGCUGCACCGAACGCUUUGUGUCCAGUCCGGAGGAGAUCUUAGACGUGAUCGAUGAAGGGAAAUCGAAUCGCCACGUGGCUGUGACCAACAUGAAUGAACACAGCUCUCGAAGCCACAGCAUCUUCCUCAUCAACAUCAAGCAGGAGAACGUGGAGACGGAGCAGAAGCUCAGCGGGAAGCUGUACCUGGUGGACCUGGCGGGGAGCGAGAAGGACGACGAGAUCAACCAGCAGAGCCAGCUCAUAGAGAAGCUCAAGCAGCAGAUGCUGGACCAGGAAGAGCUGCUGGUGUCCACGCGCGGGGACAACGAGAAGGUCCAGCGAGAGCUGAGCCACCUGCAGUCUGAGAACGACGCGGCCAAGGACGAGGUGAAGGAGGUGCUGCAGGCGCUGGAGGAGCUGGCCGUGAGCUACGACCAGAAGUCCCAGGAGGUGGACGAGAAGAGCCAGCAGAACCAGCUUCUGGUGGACGAGCUGUCUCAGAAGGUGGUGAGUGGGCGACCAGGGCUGAGGGAGGAGGGUGAGGAGGGGGUCCUCAGGCAUCUGGUGUCCUCUGCUUCCAGAUUUCUGUACGAGCGGCAUGAGCAGUCCAAGCAGGACCUCAAGGGCCUGGAGGAGACAGUUGCCCGGGAACUCCAGACCCUCCACAACCUUCGCAAGCUGUUCGUUCAAGACGUCACGACUCGAGUCAAGAAAAGUGCAGAAAUGGAGCCCGAGGACAGUGGGGGGAUUCACUCCCAAAAGCAGAAGAUUUCCUUUCUUGAGAACAACCUGGAACAGCUUACAAAGGUUCACAAACAGCUGGUACGUGACAAUGCAGAUCUGCGUUGUGAGCUUCCUAAACUGGAAAAACGACUUAGGGCUACGGCUGAGAGAGUUAAGGCCCUGGAGGGUGCACUGAAGGAGGCCAAGGAGGGCGCCAUGAAGGACAAGCGCCGUUACCAGCAGGAGGUGGACCGCAUCAAGGAGGCCGUCCGCUACAAGAGCUCCAGCAAGCGCAGCCACUCCGCCCAGAUUGCGAAGCCCGUCCGGCCUGGCCACUACCCAGCCUCUUCCCCCACCAACCCCUACGGCUCCCGCAGCCCCGAGUGCGUCAGCUACACCAACAGCCUGUUCCAGAACUACCAGAACCUCUACCUGCCGGCCCCACCUAGCUCCACCUCGGACAUGUACGUUGCCAACCCCUGUGCCCGCAGCGGGGCCGUGUCUGCCGGCAGCCCCUUGGUCUCCUACCAGAAGGCCAGCAUGGACAACGGAAACGCCACAGACAUCAACGACAACAGGAGCGACCUGCCGUGCGGCUACGAGGCUGAGGACCAGGCCAAGCUUUUCCCUCUUCACCAAGAGACGGCGGCCAGCUAAUCCCCCGGCUGCUGCAUACCUGCACUUUCAGUUUCUAAGAGGGACUGAGGCCUCCUCUCAGCAUGCUGCAAACCUGUGGUCUCUGAUACUAACUCCCUCCGGCCCUUGUUGUCCGCCUGUAGUGUGUUUGUCCUCUUCUCCUCUGUAUCUCUCUGUACUCUGUAUCGGCACCAACAGCUGCUGCUUGUCUCUCUCCUCUGUCUUACUCUCCGAGUAUCUAAUGAUGUAUUUAGCAGUUUCUAAGCAUAGUAUAUACCCUCCUCAUCUAGGGCAAUGGGGGGAGGGGGAGUGUUUCUCCUUUAUCAUAUAUGCGUCUCUCACACUGGGUAAAAGGAAAAACUGGAACCAGAGGGCUGUGAUCCUUCACGCGCGCGCACACACUCACACACACAAAGCCUUAAGCAGAAGAUGUCUUAGCAGCAUAAAAGUAUAGAAAUAGCCUCCCCUCCCUCUCUCACAUAUGGCACAGGGAGGGUGGGAUGCACGGACUGCGAGGUGACAUACAGAACCUGCCGCCGCCGCCUGAACUGGGGGCGUGCACCUCCGCCCCCCUCUUCGUGUUCUCCCCAGACACUGCGGACGGGGACUUCUCAAGGGACUGCUUCCUUUCUCCUCAAAACCCUUUUGAUCGCCUCUACCCCAGAGCUCAUGGCCAGGAGCCAGAGUGGCUUCAAAGUAUUUUGGAAAGCUGGGGCAGACCUUGCCCCGGGCGGCGGUGGGGCCUCUGUCCAUGGUGACGGCUGGAGAGAGACGGUUGGAGGACGGGCUCUUGGGUUUCGGGACACACUGCUGAGAAACCCCUGGGGAUUUUUUUUUUCUCGCCACCGUGAUGAGCUGGGUCCCUUUCUCUCUCCCAUAUUGGGUGUGUGUUCUCCGCAGCUCCAGCUUUUGGUUUGCGGGCUCCCAGCUCACUGGCAAAACACUUACCUUGCGCAGCCUUCCUUUCCGGCUGGGCCCGGCUUUUCCCUGCUAGCUACUAAUUUUUUUCUCCCUCCUGGGGUUAAGUGCACUUUAAAGAAAGGGGCAGGACAGAUUCCCAGAGUGGAAGAGCCCAAGGCCGCCGCCCUGCUGCUGCCCGGCUGCCACCCGUGUGAUCGGGAAACUGCCGGGUGGAGGCGCAGGCCACAGGCCAGACGGGGCAGCAGGGUGGUGCCCAGGUAGCCACCUUCCGGGGUGGGGGCGGGCGGCAUGCGACCCACCGCCCCGUUCCAGUCAGGAAAGGUACUUAGCGCGGCGCCGGGGCCCCCAGCUGGGUUGGCCUGAAGAAGGUCCCUUCUCUCUUUUUCUGUUGGGUCCGUCUUAGCAAUUAAGGAAAAUGCAGGGAGAAAAAUACGAGGGGCUUUGGAGAAAUCCAAGACAGUGAUCUUCAAGCGUCUUCGUGAGCAAGUCUUAGGUGCAAAGUGAGGCAGACCUUGGCAUUUUCUUUAUUUGGUGGGAAAUGUUUCCUUGGCCAAGGAGCCCCUCACCAGUCCCGAGAGGCCCCGUGGGGUCUAGCUUGGAAGCCACUGCUCUGAGGCAAGGACUUCACUGGCUCCCCUGCCCGCAGCCCGCAGCCCGUGGCGAAGCACCCUGGCGACCCCAGGCCCAGUGCAGGGGAAAAUACCUUUGCACCUGCCAGCUUGUGCUCGUCUGCCAGCCUGGCAUGUCAGGGCCAAGUGGGGGGUGUGGGGUCUUGCCACCGACUGACUCUCUGUAAACGCUUAAGACAACAGGGAGGUGCAGGGCCAGGGAGGAGCGCGGUGACCGGACAGCCUCCCCUCAAGCAAGAUGUAGGGAAUAUAGUGCACUGCCGUAAGUGAGAGGCAGCACGCGUGCCAGAAGGUCCCCGCCACUCCUCCCACACCCGCCGCGCCCCUCCAGAGUGAGGGUCACAGGGCGCCUGCCUGCCCACUCACAUCUGCCAAAGUGUUGCAUGCCAGCGUGGGAGACAAACCAGACUGCACAACCCGUGUGUAUUUACUUGAUGUACAUAGACACCUUUAAAAUAAAAUGGGUUCAAUGGUG